UUGCUCUCAUAUACAUUUGUUAAAAACAUCGGUAUCCCUCUGGACCUCUCUGCCAAGUAGCAAUUUAGUUACAAUGGAAGCGGGAACACUUUUCCGUCCUCACGUACCGUUAUAUCUUCACAUCACCCCUCCACGUCACCGCCCCUCUUUCAAACCUUCCAUUAGAGCUUAUUCCAAUUUACAGGGAGAAUACAAAGGACCGAAGCCAAAAAAAGAAGUGAUAGCAGAUUGGGUAGCGAGCAAUGACGACGUCGUUCGAUCCUUACCUGUUUACGUUGGAGGCUUUUCUUUACUAGCUGUUUUAUUCAAUCGCACAUUUUCUGGUGUUGCUCUUGUUGCUGAUGCUAGCAGCUCACAGUCUAGAGCUGAUCUUCUGACACUUGGCCUGGCAGUAACAAAUAUUUUAACUGGUCUGGUUUGGCUUUCCAUCCGACCUAAAACUAUAUAUGUGGUGAAUCCUGAAGGUGUAGAGUGUCAAAGAAUAUGCACUGACCUUCCUGAUGAUGUUGUUUCUGAAUUGCUAUGGGCAUGGGAGUCAGUAUUGAAGGUGACAUGCUGCAGAUCUCUUGUUAUUGUUUAUGAUAAUAGAUGUGUCCUCCAAAUUGGAUUUGCUGCUGCAUCUUCUUCUCACGUAGGCGAACCUCUCCUAGUGGAUGCUAGUAAACUGAUGCAAGGGUCAUUAUAUCAAAGUGCUAUAAAAUCCGGAUCGCAGAGUUACCUGGCCAACCUAUCUCUCUAUCCUGGGAAGUCCCAGCUGCCAUUUCUUCCGUCAAAUACACAGGCAGUAAUCUUGCAACCUCUUGGAGACAAAGGAAUUGCAGUAAUUGGUGGUGACACGAUUAGGGGCUUUACAACUUCUGAUCAGGCAUGGAUUACAAUGAUCGGAGACAAGUUGGAUGCUACUUUAGCAAAGAAUCUUAUUGCUGUUCCGAUGGCAACACAAGAUAGAAGUUGAAAUUGAUGAUACUUUGAGAUCCACAUUUCCUUUCCCGAAGGUAUAUGUAUAUAUGAAGAAAAGAGUUGUGUGCAGCACGUAGAAUUCAAGCUCUGUGAAAGUCUGGAAGAUGAUCAAGUCAAAUAUGCAGGCUUGCUAGCUUCAGUUAUUUAUCACCAUUCAGCGAGCAAGAACAUGUAGCAAAAAUUGUAGACUUAUACAGUACUUGCACAGCCCCUACGACACAUAUAUCUCGGUUCGACUCUCUGUUACUCUCAAUAUUCCCAUAAAGCUAAUUGUAUUGAUGAACUUCGGAGCCAUAUAUAAAUAUCAAUAGUUUUGUUGAAGUAUUAUUUCAAUGUCAAUACACCUGAUAAUUCAAUUUAUAUUUUGUUGAA